GAGAGAGACGGCAGGAGAACGAAGAGACAGCUCCAGGGGCUGAGGCUUGGGGGAAAUCUUGUUGACAGGAGUGAGACGAGACGGGUCAAUUCAAGAACUUACCGUGACGGGAAUUUUAAGAGACGGCUGGGGAGAAUGCAAAGAAAAACAGACAGUCGCCGAGAGGAAUAAUAAUAAUAAUUUUAAAAAAAGAGACGCCCGGGCAUUUGAGACACCUGUGGAAUGCAAAGGACUCCUGUCGUGCAAAAGAAUCAUGUGAAGGACAGCCGGGCAGAGAGUGGCCAUCCUCAGGAGAUCUGACAACCCCCCUCCUCUUCGGCUUGAUGAGCUCUAGAAGUGUGUGAGGGAGGCCAGCCCGCGGCCCCACCGCUGCGCCUGGUGAUGGUGCCGGCAGGAUGCCUUGGUUGCCAGUGAAGAAGAUCCGUAGGCAAUUUAAACUGCUCCUCUUGUUAGUGCUGCUCACCUCAGCCGUCUGGGUCACCUACCUACAUAUCAGUCUGGCAAGGCAGGGCAAAGCUCUUCGGCUGCCCUUCGUCUACAGUAGAGAUGGAGAAAGAGUUGAAGGAACCGAUCCCGCCCGAAAGACAGGGAAGGUUCAGGCCUCUCCUCCUCACUCCCAAGCAGGGGACUCUAGUGAGGAACUUCCUACGGUGGACGCCCUCGGGUGGAAGAGAAGCCACCACUUGUACCCUAGCCUAGAACAGGUGAACCUCACUGACACUCCUUUGCCUUGGGAUGAGAAGUACAAGGGCAAAGUGAACCUUCAUGUCUUUGAGGACUGGUGCGGUGGAUCAGUGCUGCACCUGAAGGCCAACCUACAUUUCCCCCUGUAUCCUCAUACUCGCACCACCGUCACUAAACUAGCCGUGUCACCCAAGUGGAAGAAUUACGGACUGAGGAUAUUUGGGUACAUUCACCCUUUCAAGGAUGGGGACUUUCAGUUUGCUGUGUCCUCAGAAGAUAACUCUGAGUUUUGGCUGAGCACGGAGGAAAGCCCAUCCAGUGCCCAACUGAUUGCUUCUGUUGGGAGGGUUGGAACUGAAUGGACGGCUCCAGGGGAAUUUACAAAGUUUAGCUCUCAGGUUUCUAAACCUUUCAGAUUGAUGAGCUCUCGGAGGUAUUACUUUGAGCUUCUUCACAAGCAAGAUGAUCGAGGCUCCGACCAUGUGGAAGUAGCAUGGCGCCUUUCUCUCCCAGGGACGAAGUUUGAAAUAGUGGAUGCUCCGCACUUGUCUUUAUAUACAGAUGAGGCCUCUCGCAAAAUGAAUGAGAUCGCUCACAUCCCACAGACUCUGUCCAGUGUGAUUGACCAUCGCUUGACCAGAGAGGAACCCACUGUAGAUAUGCUGAGACAAGAUCCUCGAGACACUUUUUACAUGACCCCUAUGAUUGAACAAUCCAAAGUGGAGAAUGUGCUGGUUCCUUGUGCGUACAGCCCCACUUACGUGGUGAAGGACUUUCCCAUCGCCCGCUACCAAGGCCUGCAGUUUGUUUACCUUACGUUUGUCUACCCCAAUGAUUUUACCCGUCUUACCCAUAUGGAAACAGAAAACAAAUGCUUCUACCGAGAGUCCCCGGUGUACUUGGAGAGGUUUGGAUUCUAUAAAUAUAUGAAGAUGGAUGACGACGAUUCCCCCCAAAUGCCGUUCCUCUUCUUCAAUCGUCAGCAUUUCAUGGAUGAGGAUGAGGAUGACCCACUGUUGCCUGGCAUGUCACUGAAGAAAAAUGCAGAGAUAGUGACUGAUACCGUGUCACCUGCCCCUGUGGUUAAUCAGGACACCAACAUCCAUUAUAAUGAUUCACUAGAAACUAUACCUAUAAUAAAUUACAGCAUGAAGUCUUCUAUUAGAUCUCUCUUGUGGGCACCUAGGGAAAGCCCACCUUCUGCUCACCGGGGAAGUAGGAAACGCUUAAUGCCGUUGCUUAGAGUUGGUGGACAAGGAAUUGGAGAUGAUCCAGAACCCACAGAAGGAAAAUCUGCUUUAAGAACUAGAGAAGAAAUUUAUAUUGAUCAUAGGACAAAGAGAAAGAAUUCAGAAAGUAAAUCAAGAGUCAGAGGAAGGUCAGGGAGUCAGAGGCGAGGAGAGAAAUCUGACGUGAGAAAUAAACAUGGAAAGUUAGAACUUACAGAAAAGCGGGACAAUGUCGACGUAAGACCUAGUGACGAAAGCAAACCAGAGGUCACCACAAAGGCAGAGAAUGUAAAACAAAACUCAAAGAACUCAAAUAAACAAGAAUCAGAUAAAGUAUAUGUGACAAGACUCCUUUCUGGAGUUAGAAAGUCUCGAGGUCAAGUCUUCCCUGGGAUGUUGCUGCCAAAACCUAAACCACGAAGAACCUUUAGAGUUCACGAGAACCAUCAUUACCCUACACCCCCAAAACUUUUACAUGGGGGAAGGCGAUCUAGACCCUGGACUCCACCUGAUACCUCAGAACUUGGACUUUUCAGUUGGGAAGGCCAAACUGAAAUCCCUGGACUACCCCUCCCUACCUUGUCUAGUCUUCCUGGUGGCCCUCCCUUGCUUAGUUUGUCUUCAGAAGCCCCAGCUGAAGAAUUACAGGACUACAGCUACGAGGACGCAGAGCCUCGGCAAAGCUGGCCAGAGGAUGCCAUUAACUGGCAACGUACAUUCAGCGUAGGAAAUGUAGAUUUUGAAAUGUUAAGGUCGGACUGGAACGAUCUUCGCUGCAACGUGAGCGGUAACCUGCAGCUUUCUGAAGCUGAAACUGUGGAUGUGGUGGCUCAGUACAUGGAAAAACUAAACGAGAAGAAUGGAGGCGUUUACACUUUGCUUCGUAUAAUCAAUGUGGAGAAGCGUCGGGACUCUGCAAGAGGCAACAGAUACCUCAUAGAACUGGAGCUGGAGGAACGAGGACGUAAAAAAGUGAGACUGGCGGAGUAUGUGUAUCUCCUACUGCACCGUGGUUCCGGUGGAGACAGUGAUGAGAGCCCUCCUGCAGAACCACCAGAAGUUUCCCCCAGUCCUUCCAUCUACACUAAACCAAUCUUGUGCCGACCAGUUAGUCUAAACUGGAAUCCUCGUGCCACAGUGCACUUCGUGGUGCCUGUUAAGAAUCAGGCGCGUUGGGUCCAACAGCUGAUCAACGAUCUGGAGCUUCUGUACCUCAAGACUCACGACGACCAGUUCAGCCUCAUUCUAGUGGAUUACGACAGCGAGGACAUGGAUGUAGAACAGGCUUUGCGUCGUGCUAAACUGCCAAGCUAUCAGUAUCUGAAGAGAAGUGGAAAUUUUGAGAGGUCAGCAGGACUACAAGCAGGAGUCGAUACUAUACAGGACAAUCAUAGCAUUGUGUUCCUGUGUGACCUGCACAUACACUUCCCUCUUUCAGUGCUGGACAGUGUGAGAAAGCAUUGUGUGGAAGGAAAGUUGGCGUUUGCUCCUAUUGUAAUGAGACUGAGCUGUGGAAGCUCCCCACGGCAGCCCAGAGGCUACUGGGAAGUUAAUGGUUUUGGUCUGUUUGGGAUUUACAAGUCCGAUUUUGAUCGCAUUGGUGGAAUGAAUACAGAGGAAUUCAAGGACCGCUGGGGAGGAGAGGACUGGGAGCUGCUGGACAGGGUGCUGCAGAACGGGUUGGAGGUUGAGCGGCUGCGCCUGAGAAACUUCUUCCACUACUAUCACUCCAAGAGAGGCAUGUGGAACACCCAGAGCCAGGAAAACGCGGCCAAGGACUGAAGUUGACUUUCUGAGCAUAGUCCUGUAUGGAGAGACUUUUCCCUCAGUUUGUGGUUUGCACAGAGGCUGUUCUGUCCAAUAAAACAAGGUACUGCCAAGAGUAACCUGCAGAGCCUGUCCCUUGCACAUUUCACCCUCUGCAGGCUACUCUAGCCGUCAACUGAGGAGGCUGCAAUGUUCUGCAGAAGAUGACUGAUGAGAUUAUGCAGCUGCUUCAAUGGAGGAUAGACUUGUCGUGCACAAGCAGAGUCUGCUAUACAGAGCAGCCGAUUAGUAGGAGAAUAGCCCUCAGGGCCCUGCUGCCAAAAGGCUUUACUGUUCGUGUUUACACUCGUACAUCAAAUGCAUUUAAGUCUUGGGACAAACAGUAUUCUACACAUGUAAGAACAGAAAAUGUGUUUGUAUAGUGUACGCAGAAGGGUACUUGAACCAAACUGCAGUGGUUGGAAUAUUUCCUGUAGUAUAACAUCUGGCCACUGGGUGGCGAUCAAUGACCUCUUUACCUGUUUAUUGAAGAUGGUAAGUUAUUCCCAAGGGAUCACUGGAGUAACUAGGAGUAACAACAUCAUUUUACAAAUGUAUGUUUAAAUGCAGAUGAGGGAGUAAAUAUUCACUGCUCAGUUUAAAACUGUCCGUAUCUUGGUGCUAUAUCAUCGUUUUAGAGUGUCGCCUCUCCGCGUCCUUCCUUUAGCGAUGGUCGGCGCAAAGUCUGCAUAGUAACUGAUGUUUAGCACUUGAAGUUAUAAUGUAAUUUCAAGCCUAAAGAAGGGUCUCAAAUGUAUAAGCAGCUCUCGAUUUGCACUUAGUAGCAUUAUUUAUUAUAAGGCCCAAUGCCAAAUCUAAAGGUAUAUUCACAUGUAAUAUUUCACUAGAAUUUGGACCUAUGCCCGGUUCUAUGGAAAGGCAAUGUCUAGUGCAGGAGUCCUUGACUCUGGCGCCAGGUAGCAAUGCUCUACACGUAAUCUGCUUCCCUAAGGAGAAAGUACCAGAACGUGCGGUCGUCAUCUUCUGCAGAAGUCCAGCCGUGCUCAGCAUUUACAAUGAUUUCUGUGAAAUUAAA